UCGGACCAGGCAGAGAGCUGUCCAAGAGAACGGCCAGAUGUUGGGGCGCCGGGAAACCGAGAAAGAAAGCAGGUGGCCGGAGCAGAGCCUGGUGCGGUGGGGUUUUCCUCAUCCUUUGGGCAGCCCCAUGGGACUCCUGGCCACAGCCGUCCUAUUCUGCAUGCUGCUGGACCCAGUGUUACUCCAGACUCUGGAGCAGCAGGAUCUUCCAAAUGUGGAAGGGGUCCCCAGUCUAAAUAUGAAGUUUGAUUCUUGGAGAAUGGAACUGAGUUGGGACUGCAAAGAAAACGCUACCUACCUCGAAUGCGUGAUGAUUCACAAGGAGAACGGGCCGAUCCAAAUAACACCCCAGGAGAAAGAAUGUCACUGCAAGUUUUCGGAUUAUUCUCUCCAUGAUGGAGUCACGCUCAUGGUUAAAGUAAAUAGCACCCAAAGACCGAUUCCAGAAACACUGGUCUACACUAACUCAGGUGGGGAGGGCACAGCUGCCCAAAAUUUCUCCUGUUUUAUCUACAAUGCGAACUUCAUGAACUGCAGUUGGGCAAAGGGUCAAGCUGCCCCUGAUGACGUCCAAUAUUUUUUGUAUAUACGAGACUCGAGAAGAAAAAGGGAAAGAGAGUGUCCUCAUUACAUAGAAGACUCAGGAACCCACGUGGGCUGUCACCUGGAUGACCUCUCAGGAUUAGCGUACUACAAUUAUUUCCUGGUGAACGGUACCAGCCAACGGACAGGAAUCCAGUUCUUUGAUUCGGUUUUGUCGUGGAAGAAAAUCGAAAUAUAUAGCCCACCCAACAAUAUCAGCGUGCACUGCAACAAGUCCUACUGUGUGAUCCGAUGGGAAAAGCCCAAGACCCGACAUAAGCUGUCCAACAUGGAGUUCAAGUACCAGCUGGACAUCCAGAAACAGAGCACUAAGGAACACAGUGAGGAUCAACCGAUUGAGGUGCCUGGUAAUUUGGAAAAUAACUACAGCUUCCCAAGUCCGGAGCCCAGACCCAAGCAUACUGUGAAAAUAAGGACCUCGGAUGCGCGGAUCCAGAACUGGGGUUACUGGAGCCAGCCCACUGAGUUUGGUUCCGAGAAAACCGAGCCCAGCCUCGUGCCCAUCUAUGCACUGGUGGUCCUGGGGACCCUCAUCACUGCCCUGAUCCUCGGCUGCCUUUUGAAAAGGUUCCUCACGUCAGAGAGCCUCUUCCCACCGAUUCCGCACAUCAAAGACAAAUGGAACGAUACCCAUCAGCCUGACCACCAGGUCAUCUGGGAGAACUUCACCUUGGACACGGAAAAAGGUGACAACGAAGAGAUCCUCACUGUGGAAGAAGUCACAGUGGCCCUGGCGAGCAAGUGAACUGCAUGGACUCUUCCGCCCCGGAACAUUCUGGAAGCUAUUUUUUUUUUUUAAUUAUUAUUGUUGUUGUUUUGAGCCAUUAUUUAUAUAGUGUUCUAUUUUUUUACUUUAAAAGAAUGUGAUAUUUUGCAAAGAUGCUUAUAGUCGGGGGGAUUGUUGAAUGCCCUUGGAUCCUGAACCCGUGAUGCACCUGCUUCUCCCCCAGGGAAACAAAGAAUUCUCCCUUGCAUGAUGGCGGCUCAGGCGCUCGCCUGCCAGGAGCCAGUGGGGCUGGGACGUGGGUCUCUGGCGUGUCUGCUGUUGCCGUGGGAACAUUGCCUUCCCCCUGUUUCUCCACCAGCUGCAGCUCAGCCCCAUAUGCGGGCCGUCUGGGGGUCUUGAAUAGUUGUCUCCGUUGCAAAGUCCCAUUUGCCACCUAAUGUGACAUGUUCUCAGGCUCCAGGAAUCGGGGUGUGGACAUCUUUGGGGACAUUGUUCCAUCCACCAUGCGGGGAUCAGGACGUGGACACCUUUGGGGAGAUUAUUCUGUGCACCACUCAAGAAUCGGGUUGCGUCUACCACACGGGGAUCAGGAUGUAGACGUCUCUGGGGACAUUAUUCCGUGCACCACAUGCAGACGUGUUUGGGGAUGUUGCUCCAUCCACCACACGUGGAUCGGGAUGUGGACAUCUUCAUCUGCAGGCAUGGGCAGGGAUCAGAGGGGUCUUCUCGCAAGGAUCCUGAAACCAACUCUGCACCUUGACCUUUGAGACACGGCCACCCCCAUGAAGAUCGUCCGAUGGCCUGACAGGAGCUGUGACCUCUCCUGGGUGUUCAGCGCGGGCUCCCCGAGUGUGUACUAGGUGGUUCCAGCUUGCCCCUGCCUCACAGGUUCCGACCAGCACUUCCCAUGAGUCCUGUCCAUCUGUCCAUCCGUAAGAUCAUGCACAUGAUGCAGGAAACCUGUUUGCCUUCCUUCGUGUCUAUGAAACACCAUCACGCCUUCACACGUGGGGGCGUCCCUUCACGCCAAGAAUUGUCCGUGGAAAGUAAAUGCUGCCCAGAGUCCUGAGGGACCAACCUGGCCUCCAGGACGACAGAUGCCAGCCCAACGGAGGCCGACAGCAGAGGACAGGGCCUCCACGUGGCAGGAGUACGGCUGGCCGCCCAAGGGGCCCAUGCAGGAGUGUGAGGGGUAGAAGCACAGAUGGCAGAAUCAAGGCACUUUGAAAUUUUGCCCUGGAGCGGCCCAGAUGGGACCAGAAGAUUCUAUGCACAGAAAACAAAAAACCAGGUUUCUGUGAACAAAACUAUCCACCGGCAAACAAUGGAUUCGGGAGAAUCUAAAUCACAUUGUGAAGUAGAGACAUUUUAUAUUUAGCCUUUCCACUUUCUAGUUCCUGCUUUCCUUCCCCGUUCUGCCUCCCAUGACGCCCUCCCCUCUAACCCUUAACUUCUAUGAAAGAGUGACUUCCUGCAUUUAUGAGCGUUUGUGAUAUCAGUCAUUAUCACCUUAGUAUGAAUUGGCAGGCACCUUCCCAGGCUGGUUGCAUUUCAUCAUCAGGUGUAAGGGCUGAUGGUUUUGUGAGGUUUAAAAGAGUCUAAACUUGGGGGGGGGGGGGCUGGAGAGACUUCUUUCGUUCAGGAGACAUUUUCAGUGUCCCUGGAAUAACCCCGUAGGAAAGAUCCCCUGGUGAAGUCCUCGACUGGAAAAUGGGUGCAGUGUCAGAGCAGGAUGAAGCUCCAGGAGAAGCAAUUCCAGGUGCAGAGGGACCCUAAGACCCCACUCCACACAGGAUCUUGGAAAUGGCUCUCUGUCUGGAUGCUGGGGGGGGUCUCACCCCAGCUCUGGGUCCCACCCAGAGGACGCCCAAGAGGACUAGGAGUCCAGGAGGAAGACCUUCAGGGGGUCAGCAGGCUGUGAGGGCCAGUCGCAACCUGGGGGUUAGAUGGGCUCCUCCUUGGAACCCUUUCUCCUUAGAGGCUGGGGCCACACCCGCUUCUGGGGAGAGAGCCUCCCUGAAGCGUGUUCUCCUGAGAUAAACGGUCUGGGGUCACACUCGGCUUCCAUGUGCUCACAUUGUCAAGAACAUCAGGGGAAGGCAUGCAGCGGGGUGAGUAGCUGACAGAUCAGGGGAACAGAGCUGGGGUGUACCCCAUGUUCUUGCAGAUGCAUGAGAAAAUGCCCCAUGUAUGAGAGCAAGCUCUCUGCCCGUGGUGGGAGGAGUUCUCCAGGAAAUAUGAGAACUGAGCAUGCCCUGGGGGAUCAUAGGAGGCCAGGCAGGCGAGUGGGGGUGCUUUCCCUUGCACAGACAGGGGGAGAGGGGCCCGGAAAGCAGGGCAACUGUUGGCCAUGUGUAGGGGAGACGGGGACCCUGUGGAAGAUAAUCUGAGUCUAGAUAUGUAGGCAGGGCAGCUGGGGUUUAAGCAGGGGUGUUUGGACAAGUUUCCAGGGUGCUCAUAACAAAGCAGCACAAACCAGGGGGUGGGAGGGCUCAAAACAUCCGGCAUAUGUCCUCCCCAGCUCUGGAGACCAGAAGGCUGAGAUCCAGGCAGGGCGGCUGAGAUCCAGGCAGGGCAGGACCCCUGAGAUCCAGGCGGGGCAGGGCCAAGCUCCCUCCCAAGGCUCCAGGGGAGGGUCCUUCCUGCCUCCUCCAGCUUCUGGGUCUCCAGGCGUCUCUGGGUUUGUCGCCACAUCCCUCCCGUCUCUGCCUCUGUCCUCACGUGGCUUCCCCUCUGUGUGUGUGUCUCCUCUUCUGUGUCUUAUAGGGACACCUGUCCUUCGAUUUAGGGUCACCCUGAUCCAGGAUGAGCUCAUGUCAGAUCCUUCACUUGAUCACAUCCCAAAGACCCUAUUCCCAAAUAAGGUUCCCUUCCCAGGUAUAAGGAGCUAGAACAUGGGCAUAUAUUUUGUGGGGGAGAAAAUCCCACUCACUACAGCCUUGUAAUGAGGACUCCCUUCCCCACUGGGUGAGCCCCCAAUGUCCCAAUCUGUCCCCAACUGCACCUGGACCCCUUGUCCCCAUGCACGUCCUCCACAUGAAGGGUGCCACUGCAUUCAGAGUUUUCGUAGAUGGCGAGAUGGGGAGACGGGGGACCAGGAAAGCAAUGUGGGGAGCGAGUCUGGGGGCCUCUCCUGUCCCUUCCGAUUCACAGGCUGGGGACUUCAGAAAUAAAACAUUUGAAACCUGGGACCCGUUGCUUUUAACGCCAAUGGGUGAGGACGGGGAAACAUUUCUGUGUGAUGUUGUCACCGAGGGUGUGUGACAUCAUGGGGUCUGUCCCCAGUGCGUUGUAGCCAAGAAUGCACCGCUCAGCUUGUAACAGUGUAGCGACAUCACUUGUGACAAAUGUAACAAAUGUAUCAAAUGUACUGCCCAGAACAAGAUGUUCAUAAUCAGGGAAGUGCAAGAGGUGGUUGGGGAGGUCAUGGGAACCCUGCAUUUUCCGCUCAGUGUUUCUGGGAACCUGAAACUGCUUUAAAAAGGAAAAAAAAAAAGAAGUCUAAUAAUAAUAAUAUUGACAAUAAAAGUCCCAGAAGGGAGAAGCAGGUGAAAAGCAGAAAAUAAAGUGUCUCACGGUCAUC